GUAACAGCUGACGAUCAGGUCAUGUGAUCACGUCCUCUGCUUUUUAGAGCAGCUCUCAGUCACACUGAGUCAGUGUGUGUGUGAAGUGAACACAGGAACAUGGCUUCAGCCUUCAUCAGCUUCUCCCUCCUCUUCAUCAGCCUCUGGACGGCAGAUGGAUUUCUGGAAUAUGUAGUCGAGCGCUGUGUGUUUAACUCCACUGAGCCGAAGGACAUCGAGUACAUCUACUCUGCUUACUUCAACAAAGUGGAGGACGUCAGGUACAGCAGCAGUUUGGGGAAGUUUGUUGGCUACACUGAACCUGGUCUGAUGUAUGCAAAGAACUGGAACAACGAUCCUUCAAUACUGGCUCGGAGGAGCAGUGAGAAGGAGAGGGUCUGCCAACCCAACAUUGGGAUCUACUACCAGGCUGUUCUGUCAAAGUCUGCGAUGCCCUACGUCGUCCUGAGCUCUACGACGCCCCCUGGUGGUAAACAUGUGGCCAUGUUGGUCUGCAGCGUCUUCGACUUCUUCCCCAAACAGAUCAAAGUGUUCUGGCUCAGAGACGGACAGGAAGUCACCUCUGAUGUCACUUCCACUGAUGAGCUGGCAGACGCUGAUUGGUAUUACCAGAUCCACUCUCACCUGGAGUACACGCCCAGGUCUGGAGAGAAGAUCUCCUGUGUGGUGGAGCACGCCAGCCUGAAGCAACCUCUGGUGACUGACUGGGAUCCGUCCAUGCCCGAGUCAGAGAGAAACAAGAUCGCCAUCGGAGCCUCAGGACUGAUCCUGGGUCUGAUCUUAUCUCUGGCUGGAUUCAUCUACUACAAGACGAAGGCCCGAGGGCGGAUUCUGGUUCCCACUAACUGAUCCUUGUCCUGGUCCUGGUCCUGGUCCUGAUCCUGAUCCUGGUCCUGUAUCCUGUGUCCUCUGAUCCUGAGCUGGUCUAAACCCUGAUCCAGGACUCUCACUGUCCUGUUGGUUGUUCCCACAUGUGUGUGACAGUCCUGGAUCAGGUUGUGGUCUGGGCUGUGGAUCUGGACUCUGCUUCCUGCUGCUUUACUGUGUGGAUCAACGUGUUGGAGGCUCUCAGUAACUCUGCUGUUUAAAUCAGAUAGAAUCCAGAGGUUUGGAUCAUGUGGGGCUCGCAGCUUGUCUGAUUGUUCAUUUCUGUGUUUUUACUGCACUGAAACGUUUUCUAACCACAAUAAACCACCAGAAAACCCUGA